AUACACACAUACACACAUACAAACCCACAACCUUGCUGAUUAAUGCGAGUCACUGAGGGGGAAAGCGGAUGAGUUGUCAGCGAAUCUGCGCUUCCAACACGAAUAUCGGGAGGCCUGUUUGCUGGCAUUUACUGAGACUUGGCUGGAUGACAGAGUCCCGGACAGAGAAUUGGAGCCGGCCGACUUCACUCUGGUCAGAGCAGACCGUGAUCUGAAAGUCACAAGGAAACUUCAUGGCGUGGGCGUCUGCCUGCUUGUCAGGGACCAGUGGUGAAAAUCGAUCCUGCGUGUAACUGCAACCUGCACGCCCGGCGCUGCCGCUUCAACAUGGAGCUGUACAAGCUGUCAGGGAGAAAGAGUGGAGGCGUGUGCAUGAACUGUCGCCACAACACGGCUGGACGCCACUGCCACUACUGCAAGGAAGGCUUCUACCGGGAUAUGGCCAAGCCCAUCACACACCGCCGCGCCUGCAAAGCCUGUGACUGCCACCCGGUGGGUGCGGCAGGGAAGACAUGUAACCAGACGACGGGCCAGUGCCCCUGUAAGGACGGCGUGACGGGCAUCGCCUGCAACCGCUGUGCCAAGGGCUACCAGCAGAGCCGCUCGCCCGUGGCCCCCUGCAUCAAGAUCCCAGUGGUGAACCCUACAGCCAUGGUCAGCAGCAGCACAGAGGAACCGGCAGAUUGUGAGUCAUAUUGCAAACCAGUGAAAGGGAAUCUGAAAAUCAACAUGAAGAAAUACUGCAAGAAAGACUAUGCGGUGCAAGUCAACGUGCUGGACAUGGAGACGGUGGGCGACUGGGCCAAGUUCUCUGUCAGCGUGGUGUCUGUCUACAAGAGCCGUGGCGAGCCACUCAAACGGGGUGACAACGUCCUGUGGAUUCACAUGAAGGACCUGGCUUGCAAGUGUCCAAAAAUCCAGAUGAGCAAGCGCUUCCUGGUUAUGGGCACUAGCGAGACCGGGCCUGGGGGUUCUGUGCCUGGGGGUCCCAUAGGGGCCACUGCAGGAGCAGAGCGAAUAGGGCUCCUGGCCGAUAAGAACAGCCUGGUCAUCCAAUGGAGAGACAUUUGGACACGGCGCCUCCGGAAGUUCCAGCGCAAAGAGAAGAACGGCAAGUGCAGCAAAGCAUGAUGGGAGAGAGAGCAGCACAUCCCAUCCAACACCACCCCCCACCCAUACUCCUACCCCCAUGACCCUGUCCUAGCUCUCAGCUAGUUCACAAACAUGACCCCACCCCCGACUCCCUAAAAACCCUGAACCCCAAAGCGGGGACACUGCACAUUACAGAGACUGCAUGUAUUUUGCCUGUUUAAGGACCACUUUGUGUAUAUUAUAUAACUACUUCAUUUUUAUUUUGUGCUUUAAACAUGGGACUCUUAUCUAUUGGUCUGCCUUAAAAAGGGACCAUUAAAAAGGGUACGAAAUGACAACGACAGCAGAAAUGUCCACUCUUGCCCCACUCACAACCCCCCCACCCCCCCUUCAGACUGCUUUAGUCCCCCCUCCUGUCACCAUGUUUUAGUGUUUUGAAACUAUCAGAGUUCACAUUUCCGUUCUUGUACCAGGAGUAUUUAUGGAGCUCGGAUAAUCGGAGAGAGAGAGACAGAUUUUUUUGUGUUGUAGCAAAGUCCCUCAUGCAGGCUGCAACCAAUGAAAAGAAAAACUGCACAACCUCAGCUUGUCUGCCUACUCCACCACUGUUUCACUGUCUCUAAACCCCCACCUUGUUCUACGCAACUGAGAUUACUAGCCUAGAGAGGCCAUUUUGCCUUGUACUCUUAUUCCAUAUGUAAGAUAUGUAGACAUCAACUCUCUGCAGUAGCAUCUCUGGACCAGACCCCACAACGGCUGCAUCCUCGUCCACAGAGGAUCGUCACCACAACAAGGGCUGUCCCAACAGGGGCCUUCUCCACCUCCAAACCUCACUUUUACCACCACUGCCAUUGCAGUAUAUACAUAACUUCAGACAGAGGCACCUGCUACACUCUAGUCUACACGCUACAGCUGUUGACAAUGACCCCACCACUCACUCACUGGUUCUACAGAUCCAGUCAUAGACAGACAGUGACACUGCUUAGAGACGGACUAACUCUAAACUCUAAUAAUGUUUCUCCUUUAUUCUAUAUUCACGUAAUUCUGUUCUCAGAUUCCUAUACUCCUACCGACCCACUGUCUCACUAUCUAAGUGAAGUCCCAGAACCCAUGCACCCCCCCCCCCCGCCAGCCAUCACACCAAGAGCAGGAAAUUGAACCAUGCAUCAUUAUCUGACUAAAUAUAUAUAUUAUUUUUUUUUUUGAGAGGGAGAGAGAGCGACUCCAGCAGAGUGGAAAGUAGCCCGCUUCAGAACAGAACAACAGCCAAUACCCCAAACUUCAGGAGGAUAUUAUGCAUAAUGUCUUCCUGUGUUGGUUGAUAAAAAGGUCACAUGUCAUUGUGUGACCAAUAUGUUUAUUAUUUCUGUCUUUCUCUUUUUCUACCACUUUUGACGAUGUGUCCAAUGACGGACUAGUGAUCGCUUGCCAAGAGAAGAGCUCAAAACAAAGAGUGCCAUUUCAUGAAGAACAGAAAAAGGUUUAGCUCUACCUUUUCAACUGUAGCUUAUUGACAAAAGAGUCCGGAAACUUCCAGGCUACAUGUUUUUUGUACAUUUGCAUGUUUGUGGUUUUGCUGGUCUGUCCGAUGCAAAGAAAAAAGUUACAAUAAGCAGAGCAAGGAAUUAACAAAUGUUAACAUCACAAUCCAGAGGAAACACCCUUCGUCAUCUUGCCGACACCUGACCCCUCUCUUCUGUUGCCAAUAAUGCAUCAGGCUGUUCCUACAUUUAAUCAAGAAAAUGAGAAAAUCAGGCCAGAAACGAAACCACAAAGGAACGUCUGUUUGCUCUUAAUGCUGAUGUUUGUCUUUGACCUUACUUCAUUUAUUUAAAAAGAGCGUACAAGGUAAAGACAUUGUUAAGGGGUCAUUCUAGCGAGCAGUAAUGUAAUGCUAGUGGUUGGUGAGCCGCAGUGCUAUGUUUGGUUUGUCACAUUUUCAAGCCCCUCAGAAGUGUCUCUCCCUCUCUCCUUGUCAGGCCUCUGUUCCCUUCUGUUCCGUAACGUGUGUUUCUGUGUCUUAGAUAAGUGACAGAAGUCAGCUGCAGUCCUUAUUAAGUGGUGUAGGUCCUGUUUUCAUUUAGAGUUUUCCACACUGAGUGUACAAACAUGCAGGCUCUUUCCAUGCAGGUGAAAGCUAUGCUCCCUUAUUGAUGUCAUUUGUUCAAUACACUUCAAUCAGUGUAGAAAGGAUAAAGAAGGAUUUUGAGGCCCUGAGACGGAUUGUGUGCCAUUGAGAGCGAAGACAAAAUAUUUCAGUGCCUUUGAACAGGUUAUGGUAAUAGGUGAUAGACGCACCUGUUUACGUGUGUCAAGAACCUUUUUUUCAUGCUCAACAGUUUUCUGUGUGUAUCAAGAACGGUCCACCACUCAAAGGACAUCCAGCCAACUUCAUACAACUGUGGGAAGCAUUGGAGUCAAAAUGGGCCAGCAUCCUUGUGGAACGCUUUUGACGAAUCGAGUCCAUCCCCCGACGAAUUGAGGCUGUUUUGAGAGCAAAAGGGGGUGCAACUCAAUAUCAAAAAUAUGUUCCUAAUGUUUUGUACACUCAGUGUCUAUAAAUGAGACAAUGCCAACUGUAAAAACUACAUACAAACACAUGGUAUGAUUGUACUUUCUUCUGAGAUCAUGUUGUUGCAGCGAAGAAUGUUUACUAAAUAUUGUCAGUCCAAAAAAACUGAAUGGAUUUAGAAUUUGUUCACACAAAUUGUGUCUGUCUAGACUAAGUUUUAUGGGUAAUGGUUGUGGGUCCUCCUUCAUACACUAUAUAUACAAAAGUAUGUGGACACCCCUUCAAAUUAGUGGAUUUGGCUAUUUCAGCCACAUCCAGUGCUGACAAGUGUAUAAAAUUGAGCACACAGCCAUGCAAUCUCCAUAGACAAAAGGGCCUUAAUGAAGAGCUCAGUGACUGUCAACAUGGCACCAUGAUAGGAUACCACCUUUCCAACAAGUCAGUUAAUCAAAUUUCUGCCCUACUAGAGCUGCCCCGGUCAACUGUAAGUGCUGUUAUUGUGAAGUGGAAACGUCUAGGAGCAACAAUAGCUCAGCCGAAAGUGGUAGGCCACACAUGUUCACCGAACGGGACAGCCGAGUGCGGAAGCAUGUAACGCGUAAAACUUGUCUGUCCUGGGUUGCAACACUCACUACCGAGUUCCAAAGCCACGUCAGCACAAGAGCUGUUCUUCGGAAGCUUCAUGAAAUGGGUUUCCAUGGCUGGCCGAGCAGCUGCACACAAGCCUAAGAUCACCAUGCGGAAUGCCAAGUGUCGGCUGGAGUGGUGUAAAGCUAGCCGCCAUUGGACUCUGGAGCAGUGGAAAAACGUUCUCUGGAGAGAUGAAUUGCACUUCACUAAAAGGCAGUUCGACGGACGAAUCUGGGUAUGGCGGAUGCCAGGAGAAUGCUACCUGUCCCAAUGCGUAGUGCCAACGAUAAAGUUUGGUGGAGUAGGAAUAAUGGUCUGUUUUUCAUGGUUCGGGCUAGGCCCCUUAGUUCCAGUGAAGGGAAAUCUUAACGCUACAAUGACAUUUUAGACGAUUCUGUGCUUCUAACUUUGUGACAACAAUUUGGGGAAGGCCUUUUCCUAUUUCAGCAUGACAAUGCCCCGUGCACGAAGCGAUGCCCAUACAGAAAUGGUUUGUCAAGAUGGGUGUGGAAGAACUUGACCGGGCCUGCACAGAGUCCUGACCUCAACCCCAUCAAACACCUUUGGGAUGAAUUGGACCAUUGACUGCAAGCAAGGCAUAAUCGCCCAACAUCAGGGACCUCACUAAUACUCUUUAGCUGAAUGGAAGCAAGUCCCCACAGCAAUGUUCCAACAUCUAGUGGAAAGCCUUCCCAGAAUACUGGAGGCUGUUAUAGCAGCAAAGGUGAACCAACUUCAUAUUAAUGCCCAUGAUUUUGUAAUGAGAUGUUUGACAAGCAGGUGUCCACAUUCUAUUGGUCAUGUAGUGUAUGUAUCAAUGUUUGCGUCCUACGAUGUUAGUUCAACAUUUGUGUAGCACAGUACUCUGAAAACCUAUCCAAAACCUAUCCAUAACCAAAGUGAACUAGGUUGUUUUCCGUAAAUGUUGGUGUAAUAUGUCACUGUAUUUCUUAGAACAGUAACGAGGUCAGACAGAACCACUGACAUUUCCAAGUAGAAGUAAAGGAAUUCCCAGAGAUGGAGUUUCACAAAAAUGCAGAACCAAAUCAUCUGAUUAUUCAUGUAUUUCCAUCCAUGACAAGCUGUCUAACAGGUGUUGCUACAGUAGCCACUAUUUCCUGGCCUGAUAUAUGGGGAUAGCGUUGGCAGGUUUGAUGGAUGUCCAGAACCCCUCUCAGAUUCCACCCGUAACUAACCUGCUUCCUCACAGGGUUAUACUGCACUGUCUACAGGGCCUAGCUGCUCAAGUAUGAACUUCAACACUUCAUCAUAUAGCCUGGUCCCUGAUCUGUUUGUGCUGUCUUGCCAACUCCUAUGGUAAUUUGCCAUAGGAGUUGGCAAGACCCCACAAACAGAUCUGGGACCAGGCUAUAAAUCAUAUCCAGCAUUGCAAACAUCACUACACUCCGUUUCCAUUUUCUUCCUCUUUGAUCUGUGCCACCCUGAAUAUUGGACUAGAGAUACUGUAACAAUCUUCAUUACACCCUGCCGAUGUUUAGAGUGAAAGCCAUUUUGCAGUCUUCAUAGGGUGAGUCAUCCCGUUGUUUUACGUUAACAAGCCCAACAGCUUGGUAGUGGAACCGGGGUCCACUACCAAGCUGUUUGUUUUGGUUUUGUCUUUGUUUUCCUUUAGCAGUAUUUAUAAUGUCCACAGGUAGGUGUGUGUGUGUGUGUGUGUGUGUGUGUGAAAGAGAGCGAGGGUGUGUGUGUGAGAGCUUGAAGGGAGAGCGAGAGAAAGUGUGUUUGUGAAUGAAUGUGUUUGUUAAUAAUACCUUCGUUAGUACCUUUUAAAACAAAGAGAUAUACACACACAUGGAAAGUGAGGAAAAGUGAGUUAGUGGCCACAGAGUUAACGUAUGGUGCACUACUCACACAGACAUUGUCCAUCUGCCUUGGGGUGUUGCCUUCCGCCCCAUGCACCCCCCUUUCUUCACUUGUGUUAUUAUGAAGUCUUCCUUAUACAUUUUCCUCUGAUGCAAUGACCACUGACUUUAAAUAGUAAAUGACAAAUAAAUUAUUAGUUA